AGAAAGAGACAUAUAUGUCCUACUUGCGAACGAUGCUUUACAACUAGUGGUCACCUCGCGCGCCACUCCAGAGUGCAUACAGGAGAGAAGAACCACAAGUGUCCUUUUCCCGGCUGCGACACGCGAUGUUCGAGACAGGACAACCUACAACAACAGUAUGUA